UCUUCUUAGAAGUAUCAUACAUCAUUGUGUCUUCACAACAUGAUAGGCUUAUACAUUGUUCUGUUCGGACUCUCAGUCCUGCUCGUUCGCAUCUACAGAUCAGCCUAUCCUCAGCCAUAUCCUCAAAUUCCAUACAACCAAGCAGCAUCCAAGCGAUUAUGGGGAGACCUCCCGGAAUUGAUUGAAGCAGUCAAGAGAACCCAAGAUCCCGCAAAGUUUCUGUUCCAGCAAUGCAGGGCAUUAAAGUCACCCGUGAUCCAACUUUUCAUGCGACCCUUUGCGAAGCCUAUUAUCUUCAUUGAUGACGUCCGAGAAGUUAAGGACAUUCUCAGCACCCGAACGAAGGAGUUCGACCGAGCACCGAGAACCCGUCACGCCUUUCGCCCAAUAGUCCCACACUGCAGUUUGGUGAAAGCGACUACUCCAGAAUGGAAGGCACAGAGACGGCUCUGGGAAGGAGUGAUGGGAGCGGCUUUCCUGCGCCGUGUUGCUGCACCCAAAAUGCACCAAGUGGGUCUCGAUCUGGUUGAAUUGCUCAAGACAAAGGCUUCCAUCGCUGAUGGUCGACCAUUCUACUUCUUCGACGAUAUCGACCUGGCCGCGUUUGACGUCAUUUGGAAGGUGGUUUUUGGAACCGAUUUGAAUGCUGUUCGUGGUGAGCGCGAGCAAGUUGUAUCCGGAGCAAAGGACAUAACACAACCAACAUCAAAGGACUCCCCAGCUGUUAUGACUGUGGGCGCAAAACCUGAAAUGUAUCAAUACAUUGCACUCCUCAUUCAGACGGUGGAAAAAACCUUCGCUUCCUUCUCUCAACCGCUGCAUCAUUGGAUUUUGAGACAGGGAACAGCUUACAGGGAAAAGGUGGCUGUGAAGAACAAGAUCGUUGACGAGAUUAUGAGUAACACGCGGUCGCGGCUGUCAGAACUAUCUGAUGCACAGCUGAGUGAACAGGAAGAAACCUCUGCUGUGGUCCUAGGAACACGACGGGAGCUUCUCGCUCGUAGGUCCCAGGCUGAAAAUGUUCCAAAUGAGGAGGAAGUCCGUGAUGAGCUUUUGAUGUUAUUGAUUGGUGGCCACGAGACAAAAGCAGUGGUACUUUCAUGGGCCAUCACAUUUCUAACACAUUUCCCUGAAAAACAAACGAGACUACGCGAUUCGCUGUUAAGCAUUCACCCUCAGAAGUCCGAAGGCAUCCAACCAUCCGUAGAGAGUAUCCUCACCAAGUCAACAUCUUAUAUGGAUGCGUGGAUUGAGGAAACGCUACGAAUGGGAAAUGUCUCUUCUCGGCUGGUCCGUGUUGCUACCACCGAUACAACAGUUCUAGGCCAUUUCAUUCCCAAAGGCGCGCAGGUAGUAUGCAACCCGUACGUCGGAGGAGAAAAGCCAUUAUAUACUCCUGAAGAGCUGCGAAGUAACACAUCGCGACAAUCCAAGGAUAACUUUCAAUCUCAUUGGGAUCCGAACUGCAUGGACGAGUUCAUUCCUGAGAGGUGGCUUGAAGAAGACGGGAGCUUUAAUCCACGCAUGUUCCCUCGCUUGGCAUUCUCGGCUGGUCCUCGCGUCUGUUACGGUCGAAGUCUUGCUCUUCAAGAAUUCCGCAUUAUGCUCACUAUACUCGUUUUGAACUUCAAAUUCGAAGCACUUCCGGAGGAAUUUUCGGGAUUGGAGGCACAUCAGCGUAUUCUUCGAGUGCCACGGCAUUGCUAUGUUCGAUUAUCUCCACUUUAAUCUAUCUGGUACUAUCUUGGACUGGUAUAUGUGUGGCUCCUAGCUAGCAAUACAAAUGAUGCAUUUGAUUUAAA